UCACUCUACUCUCUUCUUCUGUUGUUCAAUCUCCCCUCUCCCUCCAAAGAAUGGCGGAGCUCUCGGAGACGUACGCGUGCGCGCCCUCGACGGAGCGCGGCCGCGGGAUCCUGAUCUCCGGCGAUCCCAAGACCAACUCCAUCGUCUACACCAACGGCCGGUCGGUGAUCAUCCGCCGGCUAGACGCCCCCCUCGAGUCGUCCAUCUACGGGGAGCAUGCCUACCAGGCAACAGUCGCCCGCUUCUCCCCCAACGGCGAGUGGGUUGCCUCCGCCGACGUCUCCGGCACCGUCCGGAUCUGGGGCCGCCAUGGCGACCGCGCCCUCAAGAACGAGUUCCGCGUCCUCUCCGGGCGCAUCGAUGACCUCCAGUGGUCCCCCGACGGCCUCCGGGUCGUUGCCUCCGGGGAUGGCAAGGGCAAGUCCUUCGUCCGCGCUUUCAUGUGGGAUUCAGGCACUAAUGUUGGGGAAUUUGAUGGGCACUCGAGAAGGGUAUUGAGUUGUGCAUUUAAGCCAACCAGACCAUUCCGCAUUGUCACAUGUGGAGAAGAUUUCUUGGUUAAUUUCUAUGAAGGACCGCCAUUUAAAUUCAAGCUCUCCCAAAGGGAGCACUCAAACUUUGUCAAUUGCGUACGGUUUUCUCCUGAUGGAACAAAGUUCAUCAGUGUCAGCUCAGAUAAGAAGGGUAUAAUAUAUGAUGGUAAGACAGGAGAAAAGAUUGGAGAGUUGUCCAUGGAGGAUGGUCACAGAGGAAGCAUAUAUGCUGUUAGCUGGAGCUCUGAUAGUAAACAAGUUCUAACAGUUUCUGCUGACAAAACUGCCAAAAUAUGGGAGAUCAUGGAGGAUGGAAAUGGGAAAGUGAAAAGAACAUUGGCUUGUCCUGGCUCAGGAGGACUGGGUGAUAUGCUUGUUGGUUGCCUGUGGCAGAAUGACCAGCUUGUCACAGUUUCUCUUGGUGGUAUGAUAAACAUAUAUUCAGCAAGUGAUCCAGAUAGAACACCAGUAUCAUUUUCUGGACAUAUGAAGAGCAUCACUGCUUUAGCUUGUUCUCUUCAAAGUGGCCAGAAAGUAAUUUUGUCCAGCAGCUAUGAUGGUGUUAUUAUACGGUGGAUACAGGGCAUUGGAUAUCAUGGUAGGAUGGCGAGAAAGGAUAAUACUCAAAUUAAAUGUUUUGCUGCAGCUGAAGAAGAACUUGUUACAUCAGGGUUUGACAAUAAGGUUUGUAGGAUUCCUCUAAAUGGAGAUCAAUGUGGCAAUGCAGAAUCAGUUGACAUUGGCUCUCAGCCAAAGGAUUUAAAUCUUGCAGUUCAGACCCCUGAACUCGCUUUGGUUUCAACUGAUUCAGAAGUUAUUAUGCUGAGGAGUUUACAAGUAGUGUCAUCCAUUAAACUUGGGUAUACUGCAACAGCAUCAACAAUUUCCCCAGAUGGAAGUGAGGCCAUUGUUGGUGGUCAAGAUGGAAAACUGCGUAUUUAUAGCAUCAACAGAGACACUCUUAAGGAAGAAGCAAUCCUUGAGAAGCACCGAGGUACUAUUACGGUAAUACGUUACUCUCCAGAUGCUUCCAUGUUUGCUUCAGCCGAUGCUAACCGAGAAGCUGUGGUAUGGGAUCGUGUAUCUCGAGAGGUGAGGCUAAAGAACAUGUUGUACCACAGUGCCCGCAUAAACUGCCUGGCAUGGUCUCCUGAUAGUUGUUUGAUUGCCACUGGCUCGCUGGACACUUGUGUGAUCAUCUAUGAAGUGGAUAAGCCUGCAUCAAGCCGAAUCACGAUCAAAGGAGCCCACCUAGGAGGGGUGUACGGAUUAGCUUUCAGUGAUGAAAACACCGUGGUGAGUGCAGGGGAGGAUGCAUGUGUCCGUGUAUGGAGACUCGUGCAGCAGUGACAUUUCAGCAUGACCUGGUUUGGCUUUAUGAAUGAAUAAGCUAGUUUGCGGGAGCAGUUAUCAGUUUUACUUGACACGAUGUCUAAUUACUUGCAAGAUGAAGCGGGUGGAAAGAGGUGUCCACAGUUUUAGCUCUGGAUAUGGAUAUGUCACAGAGCUACAUCUCAUGGGAAUGUUCAUUGAUGAUUGGAUGGAGCUAGGGUCUCUUUAAUGCCUGGACUACUAGUGUGCUAGUGGCGUCGUCGUUACUGAGAGACUGGCUUGUGGCUUGUUUAUAUGAAGGCCAUUAUUGUUCUGUUGAAACCCGCAUGAGUUUGAACAUUGGAGGCAAAGGAUGUCAUAUUGUUGAGCAUCUUGAAAACCCAGUUUGAGAUUUGUUCAUGGUGUUGUUGCUGCCUCUUUUUUGUUUCGGCCUUUUUUGACUGUCAGCUGUUUUAAACAUUGGUUCUUUGCAUCUAAAUUUUUCUACCUA